AUGCUAGUCAGCCUAAGCGAUAUUAUUGGAAGACAACCUGUUAGACCUAGAACUUCAUCAGAAGAACUAAGACCCUGGUCUCGAUUUUCUCGUAGAAGCUGGAGCGAAAGUACAUUGAAUGAUCCACUUAAUUUAUCAAAAACUGCAUGGCCUGUCCCAAGAUUUGAAGCUAUUUUUUUACCUGAAUUCCAAGUUAGGGAAGUGCCAUUAAAAAAUGACUAUAUUUUCAUUAAUAUUAUUUCUAAAGGAGCCUAUGGUAGAGUUUAUAAAGUACAAAAAAGGGAAACAAAAGAAAUUUUUGCUUUAAAAAUAAUUAGUAAGGCCAAAAUAGUAGCUGAAAAUGCAAUUCAACAAGCAAAACAAGAAGUCUCGAUACAAAAAGCCAUUGGACAUCAUACUUUCAUUGCUGAUUCACCAUUUCAGUGGCAAGGAAGAAAAACACUGUAUAUAUUAACUCAAUUCAUUGGUGGUGGUGAAUUGUUUUCUCUAGUCGAAGAAUAUGGAUGUCUAUCGGAAGAUGUAGUCAGAAUAUAUGUUGGUGAAAUUGCUCUCGCCUUAGAUUUUUUAUACAAUGCAGGAAUCAUUCAUAGAGAUCUGAAAGCAUCAAAUAUUUUACUUGAUAAUGAGGGACAUGCGAUGCUAAUAGACUUUGGUUUAGCUAAAUGGCUUCGACCCUUACAAAAAACAGGAACUCUCUGUGGAACAUUUGAAUAUAUGGCUCCAGAAAUUAUUAAGAAACAGUAUUAUGGUCAUGAAGCAGAUUGGUGGUCACUGGGUGUAUUAUCCAGCUUUCUUCUUAUAAACGAGUAUCCCAGUAAUAUAUUAACAAGUGGCUUAUUGGAUAACACCGAAUAUAAAAUAGCGAGUGUUGGUACUUUGUCCAUGAAAAUACAAGGUAUUUCAUCAUCAGCUAACGAUUUGUUAAAAAGACUUUUACAACCAGAACCAAAGCUGCGAAUUAAAUCAGUACUGGCACUUCAACGUAUUGCUUUUUACAUGGGUCACGAUAUUCGAAGCUACACUUCAAAGAAGGUAUCACCAUUUAAACUUAUUGGCAGGGCGAUUGAGCAAAUCCCAACAUCGCCAAUAGAGAAUCAUUUUUAUGAUUUUGAUUCGAUAAUUGAAGCCGAUUAAGAAGAGUAUUGUGAAUAUAUUUUACAUUGAUCUUCC